AUGCAUAUAAUUUUAAAGUGCGAAGAAUCUAUUGGUGAAGAUAGCUUGGAGAAUGAAGAAAGCUCUCAACAAAUUCCACCAAAUGAUCCAAAGGAAGUACCUGAAGCUUCAGUAAUGCUUUGUACUGAGACUCAGACUUUCACUACUACAAAGUCAACAGAUGUUCAAACUCAGAAUUUGAUUUGUAAAUCAAUGGCUUCUUCUACAGAUUCAAUCUUUCCUAAACAAGAAAUAUCUGUUCAAACCGAGAAGACUGAAACAACUGCAAAGAGUUGCUCAGUUGCUACUGAUCCUAUGAUUAGUUCUCAGUCUAUGGAAUCUCUGCUAUCUGGAAUGUCAGCACCACCUUACCAUAAUCGGAGAGCAGGUUGGGGACGAGGAACGAGUUUUAGUACUCAGUCCCUGUUUGAAAGAGGAAGAAGUCGAAGUCCCAUACCAAGAUCUCUGUCUAUGUAUAAUGAAGCUCAAUCCUUUGGAAGAGAUUCUAGUUUACCACCUGAAGAAGCUAUGCAUAGCUGGAGUCAAGCUUGGCUGAUGUCUGAUCCAAUGUAUUACAAACCCCACAAUUUACCGGGUCUGGAACAACCACUUGUAAAGGAAGAUUACUUUGAUGGAACUUGGGGAUCAAUGGAUAAGCUUAAUAGAAGAAUGAAAAAUAAACAGGGAGAAAAAUUCAAAUCACAACAAAGACCUAAAUUACAUCGCAGUCUUGAUGAUCUAAAAGCAGAAAAGACUCAGGAUUUUAUUCAUUCACGGGAACUGCAGUUCUUACAAACUGUAAAGGAAGCUGAGAGGUGUGGAUUCAGUUUAGAGGAUUUACAUGUUGCCUUUUUGCAUUGUGGUAGAGAAGAUCCUGUAAUUUGGCUUGAAGAUAAUUGGUCCUCUAUGAUAAAAAAUGUUAUUGCAUUGGCUGCUAAGUAUGGAGAAGAUAAUGAAGAAAAUGAUGUUGGUAUCAUAACAGCCACUGAAGCUAAAGAAGCUUUACACAUACAUCGAGGAGAUAUAUGGGAUGCUGUAACAGAAUGCAUUGAAAACCGUCAGCGAAAGAUUUUAGAGUUGACAGUCAGAGGAAAUUUUACUCAGAAGCAGAUUGCUGAUGCUUUGAAAAAUAAUGAAGGAAAUAUAGAGUUGGCAUAUGCAGAUUUAUUGAGAGCAUCUACGAAGAGACACAAGUUCAUUUUAAGCCCAGGUUUAAGUGAGGACAGUGACAUGUACAAUCCAAUAGAUGAUAGCUUGAAAUCUACUAAACUUGAUGCCUCAACAGAUUCUAAGACAGAAAAGAAAAAAUCUGAUUUCUUGACUAAGUUAUCAGCUAUCAGGCAAGCUCAGAGUGAUCGAAGAAAAGCCAGAGAAGAAAAAGAAAUGAUCCGUGAGACUGUGACACAAGAAAUUCCAACUACCUUGGAUGAUUCUGAAAUUGUAAGUCCAUCAGUAGAACAUGAAAAAGAGGCUAGUGUUUUUCACGAAAAUGUGGAUGCUACUACUCCAGAGCUCAAUACAGAAACACUCCAAGAAAUUAUUGAAAAGGAUCUUAAUGAAGCUGAAGCUGAACUUGAAUUGGAGGAACCACUUAAGGAUUCACUUGAGAAAAAAGAAAUUACGGAAGAUAAUAUUCCAGUAGAUUAUGAUACAAACUGGGUUGAAUCUCAAGGUGAAUGGAUUGAGGAAUAUUCAGAUGAACAUUGGGAUGAUGAAUCUGAUGAGCAUUGGAUUGCAUUGCAAAAGAAAUACCAGAAAAUGGAAAAGGAAUUUGAACAUGAAGCUAUGCAGAUGGCUGCUUUAUGGGAGAAGGAAGAGCUAUCUGACGAUGUUUUUGAGGAUGAACCUAAAGAAGCUCUGCAGUCCGCUCAGGAAAGGGAAGCUGAAAGAUUAAGAGCUGAGCAAGAUGAGAAAUUUCAACAAUGGGUGAAAGUAAAUCUUGAAAAAAGCACUUCUGAGCCUGAAGAUAAUGAAGUUACUGAAGUAGCUAUUAAUUCUGAUUUACUAAUUCAGAGCACUUUAUCUAAAAGUGAAGAAUUUGACCGAAACAUUAUAUGUGAAUCACCUUUGACACAUUAUCCUCCUGUAUUUGAUUUAAGCAAAAAGCCUGAGCCAGAUUGGGUUGAAUUAGAAGUCACCGGUGAAAGUCCAGCUCUACAUAAUAUUUCACCUCAUGACAUUGAAGAAGUGUUGGAUCAUGAGAUGGGUGAACAAGAAAUUUUAAAAGAUCAUGAGUUGGCUGAAGAAGAAAUCUUAAAAGAUCAUGAGUUGAAUGAACAAGAAAUCUUCAAGUACCACGAAAAUCAAAAUGAAUUAUCUCUUCCUAAUAUAGGUAACAGUGAUGAAGAAUGGGAAAAAAUAGAUGAAAGUGAAUUGCUUGAAUUGAAAAAAGAUGAAGAAUUAAUGAUACAAGCUGAAAUUGAUAUUUCAGAAAAGUUGCAUGAUGAAGAAAUUUUAGCAAAACAGCCAAAUGAGCAAAAAUACAUUUUUGAGUCUCAAAUGUCAGAAAACAAAAUAUCUGAAGAAACUAAAUCAGUUAUGCAUAGUGAAAGCUUUGUUAGUUCUCCAAAACGUGAAUUAUCACCAGGAGAAAUAAUUGAAAAUAAGUAUGAGGUAUCUAAAGAAAAAUCUCCAGAAGUUGCUGUUCCUAAACCUCCAGUUAGAAGAAAAUCAAAAUUAAACACUGCUGCUAUUGAGGAAGCUUUAAGAAAUCAGCCACAAACUGACCUUGAUGUUCCACCAGCCCUUCCUCAGAAAAAGAAGGACAAAAGUCCAGAUAAAAGUGCUAUUAUGGAUUUAUAUGCUGUACCUCAAAAACUUCAUCGAGAUGAAAAGAAAAAUGCACAUGAUGCACCAUCUCCUCUUAAGCCACCUAGGCUUAAUCUGUCCCCAUCUGCUGAGCCAGAACAACAACAACCUGGAGAAAUUGAAGAUAAAAAAUUUUUGAAUAUUGAAUUUUCAAAGGAGGCCUCUCCUGUUACAUCACAAUCAAAUGAAUCUGAUUCCAAUUGCUUUGCUGAUUCGGAAUCAGAUCCAGAAAUUAAAAUCAUCAGACAGAAAUAUAUGCACCAUAAACCACCAAAGUAUGAAAAUGAGGAUGAAGAAUUGUUUGAAGACUCUUUCAUUAAGUCAGAAGUUGAUCCGGCAAAGUCAUUACGUCAUGCUGUAGAAGAUACCAAUGUUUCUUUUGAGUUUAACCCAGAACUUCCUAUUCCAGUAGGAUCUAGAGGUUCUUGUGUUGUUGAUGAGAUGGCUUCACCUAAGGCAUUUAGGGAAGGAUCAGCUAGACCAUUACAACUAUUUAAAGUAGUUAAACAGGAACCAUCUCAAGUUGUCAGUCCUAAGAUUGAAGCUGAACAAGUUUUAGACACUUCUGCUGUUAAAAAUAUCCUUGAAGAGCAAACUUCUAAACAUAUAAUAGAAGGAAUUGAGCAACCUGUUGCUACAGAACGUUUGAUGAAUGAAUUCGCAUUUGCUGAACCCCAGAUUGAAACAUCACAAGCUACUGAUUCAUAUUAUUAUAAUGCAGAGGCGAUGGAACAAAUACCUGAGGAUGCAAUGCUACAUACAUCUAAUUUACAUUAUUAUAAUAUUGAGAAAGUUGAAGAUAUUUCUCCCAGUGCUGCUUCUGUUUCUCUUCAAGCAGAUAGUUCAUAUUACUAUAAUGCUGAGGAAGUAAUGCAUACUCCAGAAUUUAAAAAUAGCCCAGAAACAAUGGAAUUUCAUCAAGAGGAAAUUAGAACUCAGUCCCAGCUGACAAAUAAUAUUCCUGUUCAGUUUGAGGAAACCAUUCCUGAAACACCAUUCCAAACACAGCCCGAGAGUAAAGAAGAAGAAGAAGAAGAAGAAAUCGUUCUUCCUGAUUUGGAUAUCAUGCCUGCUGCUGCAGAAUAUUUCUUUGGGAGAUAUAAUGAAGUUACUGUAGCCAAACCAAAGAAAAAAUCUCCUGUCGUAAAAUCUAACAAGCCUACUACGGUACCUAAAGUGAUGUCUACAAGUGAAAUAAAAAUUCCAUCACCUGAUAAAUCGUUAUCCACUAUGGAAGUAAGUGCAUCACCAGUAAUGAUGUCAGCAGAUGUACCCUUGGAUAAGCCAGUCAAGAUUGAAGGUAAAUUAGAUAAUUUGAAAUCUUCUCCUAAUCUUCCUUCAGUUCCUGCUCCUGAGAUUCCACCAGAACCAGUUACUACAGAAUAUGUUUCUUUUGCUGAAGACUAUUUCUUUGGAUCAUACAAUGAAAUUGUACCUAAGAAGGUUAAGAAAAAACCUAUGUCUACUGCUCCGAAAUCUAAAAUAGCUGAUAAAAAUAAGCUUUCUAAUGUUGCUACUCCUAAUGAAUUAUCAAAUAAAAUGACUACAUCAUCACUUGAAACAGGUAUCACAGGAGCAAAUCAAGCUAAUUUAUCAAUGACCACUUCAUUACCUGAAGCAUUUCAUCAAACACCAAGUAACUUGGUGCUUGAUGCAAAUGCACAGAUGCUUCAAACUUCAGUAUUUGCUGAAAGUUCAGAUCUUUCUGUGAACAAAUUACCUGUGGAAACCAGUGAAAGUGGUGAGAUGUUAGAUUCCAAAACAAGAGUUGUUCACUUUGAAGAAAUGCAGCCUGUUGCUCCUCCUCCAAGAAAGAAGAAGGCUAAGCCUGAGUCAAACACAUCAUCAACAUCUUCAUAUGCAGAAGAACAUCGAUAUAUGGAACAUUAUGAAGAAAGGAAGCCAUUAAGUAUUCUGGAUAAAAAAAAACUUCCUCCCUAUAGUGAGGACUUCAGAAUGAAUCAGGGUUGUGAUCCUUCCAAUUUGCCCUCCAAUUCCCUUUUGCCAUCUGCUGAACAGCAGGAGAGUGUUGUAUCCUCUGAGAUUAGCUUGCAUACUUCUGGGAAAUCAUUUAUUAUUGAAAAAGAGGCUGAAAAAAUGAAAGAAAUUGAAAAUGUUGAUUCCCAAAAUUUUGAGAUUCCAAGUCCUGAUAAAGUCAAAGGUUUUUCUGACUCUCCAUCAAUAUAUCAAAUUCCUUUGGAUUCCCCUGAAAAGACUGUAGUUCCUGAAAUUAUUUAUCAAGGUGAAGGAGGAUUAUUUAAGUCUUCAGUUCAAUUACAAGAGUCACAGAAUUUUAUUCUUCCCAGUACUUGUGAAGAAGUCACAAGUAUGGAACAUUCUAAAAUAUCUGAAGUUACUUCUGUGCUGUCUGAAAAUUCAUCUCAUUUGAUGAGAGACAAAACUGAUGAAAUACAUUCAUUGCAUCCUGAACUUUCCAAUGACACCUCAGAGAAAAUUUCUCAAGAAUUUUUAGAAGCAUCUAAAAUUACCUCCAUUAUUUUUGAGAAUAUUCCAGCUGCACUGAACAAGUCUGAAGAAGACUUCAAAUCUGAGUGUAGAGCUCCUUCUGAUAUAGAAUUACAAGUACCUGAAUUUUCUAGCAACAUAGAAAGUCAAAUUCAGGAAUCUUCAAAAAUAUCAAAAGAUAUUUCUGUAAAUUCCGAAGAUUAUACAAUGGAUUUUACACAGAGUCAAGAAUUGUUUGAAAGUGACAAACAAGAAAAUAUUCAACCCCAAAUUUCUUUGAGCAGAAAAAACCAAGAACUUUCUAUAAUAUCUGAAGAUGAUAGUUUAUCAAUAACAAAAAAUUAUGAGCUCGAGCAGGCAUUAAUUGAAUCAAGUGAUAUCCAAAUUGCUGAAUAUUCUAAAAUAUCUGAAGAGUUUUCUCUAAAUCCUGAUGAUACUUUAUCUGUUUUGACUUUUGAACAAUCAGCUUUUGAAACAAGUCAAACUAAUCUGGCAAGUGCCUUAUUUUCAAGAUUGGAAGACUCUGAAGAUAAAUUAAAGAGUGAAAGUUUCGCAGAAAAAUUAGAAAGUGAGGAAAUCUCCCAGAAGAGCUCUGAGUGUGAUAAUGAAAAUUAUGGAAUUCAAUAUGGAGAUAGUAAACUAGAAGAUGAUUAUUCGAUUUUGCAGAUGGAUGAAGAUUUUGAAGAUGGACUUCGAUUAGUGGAAGAAACUGAAAAAUUAAUUAGCGAGUUUUGUGACAUUUAUCCUUCAGAAUGUUUUGAUGUUUCAUCUAAUGAAAUUCAGAACUUGAAUACAAAGAAUAAUAAGCAAGACUCUACUUAUGACGAUAGUGAAUAUGAAUGGAAAUUAAAUGAAGAAAGAUAUAACUCUUUGAAUGCCAAUUUCAUUGAAAAUAAAGCCUAUAGAAUGGAUAUUACUUCAGGUCCAAGUCCCAUUGAAUCGAAUGCCCCUCUAAUUAUUAAUACAGGAACACCUACUGAUAAUCUGGAGUUAAACAAAAGCAUUACAGAAAGUAGAAAAAGUACAUCAUCUCUAGCUGAUAUAAGUGAAAUUAGUGAAUUUAUAGAUGAAAGUAAUCUCACCCAGAUUGAUGAAAAGAAUGACACUGUAGGUCGAGAUGAUGUUUCAAUUUCUGUACAGCCUUUGAGUGUUUAUUGCCAAGCUACAACUUCUAACUCUCAAAGCAUUUCAUCUGAAAUUAUGCCUUCUGAUCCCCUUUUGUUCUCUGAAAAAGAAACGCUUGAAACAGUCAAUGAAGCAUCAGAUGAUAGCUUGGUAACAUCUGAGCAUUCAUCAGUAUCAACUCAAAUAGCUGUGUUUGCUGAUACAUUGCUUCAAGAUUUAACUGAGGACUUAGGAAUUUCUCUUGAUAAUAAAACAACAGAAGGUCUUGGUGAAAAGUCAUCAACAACUAUUCCCUUGAAUUUACCAGAAACAGAAUUGAUAAUUGCUGCUGGUAAAAAAGAAGAAACUGAAAAUGAAACUGCCAAGUUGAAUGAAAAUAUUAAAUCAGUUGAUGAGGCUCAAAAAGUAAGCAAUGAUUUGCACGAUUUUGAUUCAAAAGCAAAUAAAAUUUUAGAUUCAGAAUGUUAUGCUUCAGAAAAAUUAGAAGUUGAUAGAGAGUCUGAAGUUCAACAAAUUGAAGAUAAAAGUAUAAAAGAACCUUCUGGUUUGCAUAUGGUGUCAAGUUCUAUUGAAUGUAUGGAAGAUCAUGAAACUCAGAUUAUUAAGAGUUUAGACAGUGAAAUUGAAAGUGAAAAAAAUGAAGAGCUUAAUACUGAAAUUGAAGUUGAACAAGCUAUGUCAAACAAACAGAUUGCAGAUGAGCUAAGUGAAAAUGAGAUGGCAGACAAGAUUGAUGAUUUAUACUUUUCUAAUUCAAAUGCUUAUGAAACUUCAGAUUCUAGAUGUGAUGAAACUGUACAAGAUACAGUUAGUGAUGAUGUUGAAGAACCCUGUUUCUCAUUAAUGUCACAUUUUUAUGAUGAAUGGAUUGGUAAAACAGAAGAACAUCUUGAAAUUCAGCAAUCUGAGGAAUUCAACGAUGAAAUUAAAAUAGGUCCAACUGAGGAGUUGGACUUGGAAAUUGCAAUUGAGGAAACAGAAGAAUUAAUGAAGGAAAUUGAAACUAAAUGGACGGAAAACGAAAGUAAAGUUGAAACAAUGGAAACUUCAGAUGCUGAAAUUACUUCAGAUUAUCCUGAAGAACCAUCAUUGUCAUUAAUGUCCCAUUUUUAUGAUGAAUGGAUUGAAAAUGUUAAGAUCUCUGAGACACAGCCAACAUUCCAAAUAGAUAUACGAAAUCUGUAUGUGUCAAAUGAUCUUUCUGAAUCGGCUUCUUCAGGAAAUGUUAGUGAAAAUGAAGAUUUUACAUCUAACAACACAACAGAACUUUUAUCACAAUACACUGAAUCUAACUUAAACAAUGUAUUCAUUGAAUCAAUUCCAGUUGAUGUUGAAAAUGAACCAAUCCAGUUAUCUGACCAAGGAAGAAUUUAUAUCAGUGAUGAGAAAGAUCAGUCACUUAAUGAUGCAUAUGUUGAAUCAGUUCCAAUUGUCAUUGAAAAUGAACCAAAUAAAUUAUCUGAUCAAGAAAAAAUUUAUAUCAGUGAUGAAAAAGAUCAAUUAUCAGAGCAAGGCACAAUUCUUAGUGAAAGUUUAUUCAAGAAUUACGAUGAAGAUGUCAUGCAUUCAACUAUACAAGAAGUGAAAAUUGAAGAUGUGGUAAAUAAAAUUUCAAUUAAAACUGAUGAUUCAGCUCCUGAUAUGCAAGAUAUUUCAAAGCAUGUAGAAGUAGAGAUUAUUGACAAUUUUGUGGAGAAAAUGUACAGUAUCAGCAAGUCAUGCCAGACAGACGAUAGCUUUGAGGAAGAUCAGUUUUUUGACUCCUUUGAUGAUCCAAAUUUUGAUCCAACUUUUAUAUUUCCCCCUGUUCUCAAAAGUGCUCUUUCUGAACCUGUUAGGACUGAAAUUGGUGUUCAAUGUUGUCUUAUUCCAAGCGAAAUUGCCUUGAUAUCUGAUAUUGCUGUAAUUUCAUUAGAUACCAGUGAAAGUCACAAAGAAAUGAAGGAGAAAGCGAAAGAAGAAAAAGCCGAGAAGAUUAAAGGUGCUAUUCAAGUAGAUGAUGUCCCAGCACUACAAAAUUUUAAUAUGAAUAAGGAUGUGACUAUUGUAUCUGAUAGUUCAACUAAACAAAAGGAAGAUAGCAGUUCUGAAACAACUGAGGAUACUGAUUCUGAUAUUUUUCUUGAACCAUAUUCUUCACAUGACGAAUUUGAAACUGGCUCUAAAUCAAAAGGCUAUUUAUAUGCUGAAAUUGACUCUGAUACAGGCUUCAGCUCUGGUAGUGAUUCUGGUCGUCGGAGUUCUAAGCAGAAAUCAUAUACCAAAGAAACAGUUAAUUUGCCAUCUAAAAAAAUUGAUAGCGUAAGUUUACAUGAUGAAAACACUAUAUCCCAUAAAGUUUCUGUACAAGAGACAGAAAUUUCUACUGUGGAGUUGGUGGGGAAAUCACUAUCACAUGUUGUCAUAAAAUCAGAGGACACUAUGCUUAAUAAAGAAGAAAUUGAGAGCAGUGUUAAUGAAAAACAAGAAAUAAUUUUGACUGAGCAGAUAAAAAUUACUACAGAUGAAUGCAUAGUUUCUGACGAUAUCGGAGAAAUCGAUUUACCACCUGAGAUUUUAGAAAGAGCAGUUACUCCUAUUUCUAUCAAAAGAGUACCUUCUGUUGAAAGUGAUUUGAAAUUUGUUGACAUUGAAGAUGAACUUGAUUCAAGUGAACUUAAAGAGCAGAUAAUUGAAACCAAAAUUUGUGACGAUCGUGUAAGAACUCCAACUGUUGAAUAUUUCUAUGGCUCUCUGCCUCAAACUGUUCAAGAAGAAAUUCAGCAGGAAAAUAAUGAAUAUUUUGCUGAAGCUUUGGAGUUACUGGAUACCUGUGCCUCAGAAGUUGAGAAAGAUAUUUCUGAAAAUUCCUUUUCAACUCAGAUGUCAGAUUCAAAAUUUAGUUUACCUGCUGAUUCAGGUGAUAUGGAAGACUUUUCAGAAUCCCUUGCUUCAUUCCAUGAACCUGAAGAUGAUUUAUUGACAGAGAGUAUUUCAGAAUAUUUUGGAUUACCAGAUAGUGAAGGAGCUUUAUCUUCUGAACCAAAAGUUAGUAAAAAAUUUUCGAAGGCAGAAAUUGUUCAAGAUUUUUCUACUCAGGUGAAGUCAUCUGUGUCAGUUUGUGAUGAACAUAAAAGCUCUUUAAAAAUUCAGCAAGAAAUAGAACCAAACAAAGUUUCAACUUUAGAGCAACAAAAAUUGAUUAUGGGGAUAUUAAAAUCAUCACCUACUAAUGAUAUUAAUGAGAAUUUGUUCGAAAUAGAAAUCCAAAAGAAAUCGGAGGCAUUUGAGAAGAAUGCGAAAGAAACCGUUACAGAAAUCAAAAUUGAAAAAACUUCCAAAUCUGAUAUUUUCUCAGAAAAUAAUGCUCAGAAUUUUUUUUCAGUUAACAUUCCGCAAACUGAAGAUAUUGAAUCUGACAAUCUGAAUAAAGACAUAUCUGAAGACAUUGAAUCAUUUCCUUUGCCAUCUGAAAUUGAAAACAUAAAUGCCUUGAAUGAAAAUGAACAAAAAGAAAGACCUGCUGAUAUAUCUAUAACUUCUGUUGAUGCUCACACAGAAAACAAGAGUGCUUAUAAUGACUCCAAACCUGGGGACAGUUUAUAUCUAGACAGCAUAACUGAUUACUUCUCUGUUGAGAAAGCAUCAUCAAAAAAAGUGUCUGAAGUUUCACUUGAUACUGAAGAUUUUUAUCAGAAAAGUAUUCCAGAAUACUUAUCUACGGAAAUUUCUGCAGAAAAUACUGAGCAAGCUAAAAGUCUGGAACAUUUAAAAGAUUCUAAAGUACCUUCUUCGGUGGAAAGUAAUUCAGAUGUUAUUAGUGUAGAUAGUGAUCUUGCAUUUUCUGAGACUUUUGAUCAGUCUUAUUACCAGGAAACAGAAAUUAGUAUCUAUGAAGACAGUUCUGAGCAUUUUAAAAAUGUGAAUGAAUUAGAGAUUACCAAACAGUCAGAAGUACCUCCAGUGCCAUCUGAUAUCGUGAGAUAUUUAUAUUAUGAUGACUCAAUAAAAUUUGAAGAUGAUCCAAGCACCUGUGAAGAUUCCCUUAAUUCCAUGCAUUUUUCAGAAGAGUCAUCUUCAUUAAUGCCAAAUUUUAAAAUUGUAUCCGAAGAAGAGGAAGUUUUCGAUAUAGAUCAGGAAAGGGAGCAUAUUGAAUUCAAAACACAAAAUCAUUCUCUUCUGUCAUCAACAACCCAAGAAUCUGAAAAAGUCUCCAAUGAUAUCUCUAGAAAGCCGCCUAGUAGUAGCUUGGAGAUAUCUACUGAAGAAAUAAGUAUAUCGAAAGCAGAUCAAGAUGGCCUUGAAAAAUAUUCUGCCGGUGUUCAUAAUGCAAAAGAGAUUAAGCAAGAAUCUAAAGCUUUAGAUGCGUGUCAUUCUGUUGAAUCAGCAUCAGCUGUAGAACUUGAAAAUGUUUCCGGUAAUAUUUCUACAAAACAAUCUGCUGAUGGUCUAAAAGAGUCUUCUAUUGCAUUUGUAGAUUAUGGAAUUUUGGAAAAAUCUUCAUCUGAUAUUGAUCAUGAAAAAGGGAAUAAAAUGCAACAGGAAUCUGAAGUGUUAGAUAAAUAUCCCCAAUUAGAACCAGAGAAAGUUCCAAUUGAUAUUUCUUUUGAACAUCUUAGAAGUGAUGAAGAAGAAUUUCUUGAAAAACCAAAACCAUCAAAAUUAGAUAAUGAUGGUUUUGAAGAGUUUCUUUCAGAUAUUCCGUGCAAUGAAGAGCACAAACUGCAGCAGCUUGACAUUUUAGACAAAUAUCAUCCUCCUGAUUCAUCAUCUAAAAUGGAAGUAAAUAAAGUUUCAAAUGAUAUUUCGAUGAAUAAAAGCAAAGAUUUUGAAGAAGCUCCAAAAGAACUGGAAUUUAUUCAAGAUCAAAUUAAACUUGAUAAUUUAGAAAAGUUAGAUAAAAGUCAUGGAAGCACAGAUGAUGCCACCAUUCAUCCUGAUGAAGAAAGGAUGGAAAUAAUUUUAGAAAAAUCUAAAUCUGAAGGAAUUAGUCAUCCUGUUCUUCAAGAAAAAGCUACAAUAGAAGAAAUCACUACACUUUCACAAGAAAUAGCAGUUUCCUUAUCCUCUGCUAGUAAUAAUCAAUGUGAAAAUCCUGUAGUAGAACUGCAAGAAGUCAGUGGGCCUUCUGAAAUUCCUUCAAAACCAUCAGAUAUUGUGAGAUAUUUGUAUUAUGAUGAUUCUAUAAAAUUUGAAGGUGAUGAAAGCUUUUGUGAUGAAUCAUUAAAUUCUGUACAUUCUCCUGAAUCUUCAUCAUUGCCAGUACUAGAAAUUGCUUCUACUGAUAUAAUCACAAGCGAUCUGGAUGUUGAUGAGAAAGCAUCUUUGCAAGAAUCUAUGAAAUUAGAUGUGGAUCAACCAAAAAGAUAUCUUUUACAGCCUUCAAAAGAUGCUGAAUCUCCUGAAAGUUGUAUAUCUUCACCUUCAUUGUCUGACGAACAGUUUAUUUGUGCAAGUGAUAAUGAAAAAGAUCAAUUUGAAUCUAUAUAUUCUGUUUCAGAGUCCACUGAACAAUGGUUUGAUUUAGAUACAAGUAAAUCUUUCCAACCCUGUAUGGAAGAAUCCGAAAUUUCUGUUGGAAGUGACCAUUUAACUGAAACGAAAACAACUACCCAAGAUGGUGAUUUACCUUGUAUGCCCAAUUUGCUUUUAGAGGGAGAAGUUAAAGAUGAUGCACCAAUUGCUGUUGCUGAUAGCGAUGAUGUGACUGAUAUUUCAACUCAUUUCACCAUGACUGAAGAUGAAUCAGAUAAAUUUUCGGAUAUUGAAAGCGACAGUUCUAUAAAUAACUUUGAUGAAGAUGGACUCUUUGCUGUUGAUCAGAAUAAGAAUGAAGUUACAGAUUUUGAAAUCAAUAAAAUUAAUGACAUUGAAGAGGAUAAAGAGUAUGUGAUAGACGAUUUACUUGAUCAAAAUGCUAACAAAAAUGAGGAAAACUAUCCUGAAGAAUGUGCUACACCAACUGAUUUUGAGAAGCAAGAACAAGAUAUUGAGGCUUCACUUAGAGACGUGAAUGGAAAUUUAGCAGCUUUUAUUUCAAAUUCUAAUGCACCAGGUAUGGCUGAAAAUGUUGGAAGUGCAAUACAGGAAACUGACAGCAUUCUUCCAAAAGAUUUAAAUAUUUCAAUACAGAUGACAGAAAGUGAAAUAUUCACUAUGCCUCCUGCUGAUGUCAUGAGAUAUACACCUACUGAAAGCUGUAAAGAUGAAUUUUUUGAUAUCUCUCAAGUAGAAGAUUCUUUAAAUAUUUCUAAAACUGAACCUGAUAAUGGGUCAAGGGAUCAAAAUAUUUCAAAACAGACUACUGAAAGUGAAAUAUCCACUUCUGAUGCUGCUGUCAUGAGAUCUACUCCCACAGAAAGCUGUAAAGAUGAAUUUUUCGAUAUCUCUCAAGUAGAAGAUUCUUUAAAUAUUUCUAAAACUGAACCUGAUAAUGGGCCAAGGGAUCAAAAUAUUUCAAAACAGACUGCUGAAAGUGAAAUAUCCACUUCUGAUACUGCUGUUAUGAGAUCUACUCCCACAGAAAACUACAAAGAUCAAUUUUUCGAUAUCUCUCUAGUAGAAGAUUCUUUAAAUAUUUCUAAAACUGAACCUGAUAAUGGGUUAAGGGAUCAAAAUAUUUUAAAACCGACUACUGAAAGUGAAAUAUCCACUUCUGAUAGUGCUGUCAUGAGAUCUACUCCCACCGAAAGCUGUAAAGAUGAAUUUUUUGAUAUCUCUCAAGCAGAAGAUUCUUUGGAUGUUUCUAUAACUGAAAAUGCCGACAAUUUUAUAGAUGCAGAAAGUGGAGGCUUAAUUGAGGCAGAAACACUAAAAUUUAAUCUGCUUCAGGAGGGGAUUUCGGAGACAGUUUCUGCUUCUAAAGUGGUUGAUAAUCUCAUAAAAGAAGAGUUUUGUGGAAUUUCCAACAGAGAAAAUGUUUUAAGUUCAGAUGAUCAACUUACCAAAAUCAGUGAUAAUACAGUUCCAGCUCAGCUAGAGGAAUCACUUUUCUCUGAAACGAAAUGUGUUUCUAAAGAACAUUUAUUUAAAACUGAAGAUAUGCCUAUUGUCGAUGUUAUUUCUUCUGAAAGUCAUGAAAUUUCAUUAGAUGAAAUUAUACAUGGUGAAAUAGUUGAAGAAAUGCAUUCAUCAAAUAUUGACAUUGUCAAGACUUGUGAUGUUUCAGAAAUGACUCCAGAUAGUACUUAUGUAAGUGAUGUUAUGGAAAGUACUAUUAUUCGUUCAGAAAAAGAGGGUAAUAAUAUUAGCCUGACUUUUGAACAAAAAGAUGCACCUCAAGUGGAAGAAGUUAUUCACGAUGACAGCAUUAUUUCUUCUUUCAGUCAUGAAACUUCAUCGAAGCAGGAUGAAAGUAAUCAAAUAUUUGAAGAAAUUCUUUCGUCUGAUCUUGUUGCCAUUAAAACAUCACACGUUUCUGAAAUAUCGCCAAGUAUCGCUUAUAUGCAUGAUGUUUUGGAAAAUGUCACAAUUCUUCCAGAAAAAGAGGAUAGUAAUUUUUGUGCUACUAUUGAACAAAGAGAUGUAUCUCAAGAAACACAUGGGGGGUUUUAUGAAACAAAAGAAAAAGAUUCUGAUAACUUUCCAAAAAGUCUUGAAUCUUUGCCAAGCCCAGUUAGUGAUGUCAGUGGAACUGAAUGUAUUCCUAAUUUUGGCACCGAAGGAAAAAUAUCGCCCCCAUUAGAUGAAGAUGCUUCUCUCGAGGAUACGACAGAUAUUUGUGCUCAGUUAAAAACAGCUUCUCAUCCUGUUAAUAGAAAAUUAAAAGCUGACGAAAUCGAGGCAGUCAGUGCAGAAGAAAAUUGUGUUGUUGAUUUUAAAGGCAUUAUUGGUGGACAAGACGAUGGAAUAUUGAGUUGUCAGUUGAAAGAUAAUGAAGAGGUAGGAACAGUGAGUAUUUCUAUAUCUGUUGAGCCAAAUAUAUUAAAAUCUGAUAUUAAAGAAGCUGAAGCUGGUAAAACUGUGGAAUUGCCUGUUUCUGUAGAACCGUUUGCAAAAAUUAAUGAAAAUAUUUCAGAUAGCAAAUUAGAUGUUGAUGAAAAAAGAAUAAUUAUUUCCGAAACUAUUGUGCAUGAUGAAACCAUUGUUGAUUUUAAAGGAAUAGCCGAUGAUCUUGUAUUACUGAGCAGUCAGCAAAAGCAUAGCUCUGAAAAAGAAACUAUUAGUGAUUCCCAAUCUAAUGAACAGUUUGAAUGCGGCGUUUUAAAAUCAGAAAUUAUUUCUGAAGAAGUUUUUGAUAAGAAAGAGAGGUUUUCAAGUGAUACUGUACCUGACGAAGUUACUGUUAAUUUUAAAGGAAUAAUUGAUGAUAUUGAACUAUUAAGUAAUCAGCAACUCUAUAAUUUAGAAAAAGAAACUGUUCCUAUUUCUCAAUCUGUUGAUGAAUCAAAUACUUGUGAGUCAAAAUUUAAAGAGACUGAAAAUUUGGAACCACUCGAAACUUUUGAGCAUACUGAUAAAAACAAUUAUAUCGUAAAAUCUAGAGAAGAUGCUGAACAGGGCGAAUGUACUGUAGAUUUCAAAGGAAUUGCUACAGAUUUGAAAUUAUCCAGUAAUGAACAAAAAAUAAUUUCAGAAGAUAAAUCAUUUAGCGUAUCUCCAGGGACUUCUGAUAUUUUAAAACAAGAAACUGAAGUUUCCUCUUUUGAAACAAAUAUACCGAAAGCUUCUGAAAAGGAAUCUGACAAAAAGGUUGUAGAAAAUACAGGAGCAGUUUCAAAUUUGAUAGCAGCGGAAGAUAAUCUUGUUGUUGAUUUUAAAGGAAUCGUUCUGCAUCCAGAAUUAGUUACUGACCAACAAGAUUCUGGAAUAGAAGGUGCAAAUUUCAACAGUUCUAUAUCUGUUGGAUUGAUUGAAUCAAAUAUUUUAAAAUCGGAAACUAAAGAAAUUGAAGUUCCCCAUUCUGAAGUUUCUGUUUUGGAUGCUUCUUCAAAUGCAUUUAGUAACACUGAAAAUGAAAAUCAAAUCCAGCUUAUUAAGGAAAAUAAUGCUGCUACAUUAGAAAAUACUGAGUCUGAAAAAUACAUUGUCGAUUUUAAAACUAUUAUUUCUGAUUCGGAUCUUUUGACGGAUAUAAGAAGUCGUGUAGGAUCUACUGAGCAACAUAAUUCAUCUCAAUCGAAAGAAGUAUCCUCAACAGCUAUGGGUUCCUUAGUAUCGACUGUUGAAAGUAGCUCUAAAGAACAGAUUAAAGAAGUAGCUGUAUCUGAAAGUGAUGAAAAAGCUACAUGCUUUGUUGAUUUUAAGGGAAUAGUUUCAAAUUCUGAGGUGUAUUCUGAAAAACUGAUUUUUUCAGACCAUGCUAAACAAGAUGAACGCAAUAUCGGGCCAAUUCUAGAUAAAGAUAAAAUAGCCUUUUCGGAUGUUAGGACAUGUUUACCAUCAGCAGAAAAUGAAAAAUAUUAUGAAGAAAAGUUGCCAAAGGAAAUCGAACAAGAAACUUAUUCUAUCGAUUUUAGUGGAAUUACUGUUGACACAGAUGCAUUAAGUAAUAAGCAAAACACUGGUAAAGAACUUGGAAAACCCGACAUUUCUGAAUCUGCUGUGCUGUUGGAUCAAAUUAUUACUCCAGGUGAAAAAGAUGCUGAAAAACUUAAUUAUCAGAAAGAGAUUAAUAAAUUGGAUACAUCUAUGGAUAUUGACAGUGCUUUGCUGAAUAGUAAAACACUUCUUGAAAAAAAUAUAAAAGAAAUGCCAAGAGAAUCAGUGAAUGAAAUCUCUUUAUGCUCCGAAACUGAUUCUUCAUAUUUUCAUUCAGCUCUGGAAGAUAUAGACAAUGCUUCAGUAUUUACUUCGGAUGAGGAUUUUACUGAUGUCCACUCUCAUAUUACUUUAACUGAAGAUUCAGAUAGAUGGUCUGAUGUUGAAACUGAUACUUCAUUUGCAUUUGAAGAUUUUAAUCAAGAUUCUUUUGAUAUGAGAGAAAAAACGCCAACAAGAGAUGAUUUUGAAUGCAGCUUUGGAUUACCAAUGGUGAAUGCAACUCCAAAACCAGAAAUCCAAGAGGUUUUGUGUAAUGUAGAUAUUCCUUCUAAGAAACUGGACUCAACAGAGGAAGAAAAUAGCAGUCCUAUUGCAAAAACAGAAAAUCAAAAUGUUCAACAUUCAAAUGAACUGGAGCAUACUACAGUUUUAGAUUCUCAAAUAACCACAUUAAGUAGUUCCUCAUAUGAUGAAGAAUAUCAAGAAACCACAUCAGAAAAAUCCGUGCCUUUGAAUAUUUCUCCUAAAUCUGUUGAGUUAAAUGUUGUCGAAUCCGAAGAACCUCGAAAAUCUGAAUUAAUGCCUCCUAUGUUUGAAGAUGAAGGAAUAAGUGGAACACUUACAGGAACUUCAAAUGACACCACUAAAAUCUCAACUACAGAGUUAGUUACCGAUUCUUCGACGACAUCAGUUGCCAUGCCACCUAUUUGUCAACCCGACGCAUUUUUAUCUGAUGAUAAUACAGAUGUUAUGUCAUUCAAUUCUGUUACAGACGAAUGUGAAACUUGGUCAGAUAAUGAAAUGACAGCAUCACUUACUGAUAAUUUGAAACCAUCAGAAAAAGAAGAAAAGUUAAAAAAUAAUGUGGAGUUUAUUAUUGAUGAACUCAAAUCUGAUGCAGUAAUUGAACCCGAAUUAUCUCCUAAUGUAUCUCAAAACAAUGUUAGUUCUGAACUUUUGAAUGACAAAGAAAUAUUGAACCAGAUUUCUAAAAUUCCAUCAGAAGCUGUACCUGUGGAAACGAUACCUGAAGCUUCAUUGGAGACAAGCACAUCUAUUAUUUUAUCAUCUGAAGAAUCUGUAAUUGAAGAAUCAAAAGGACCUGUAUCUUUCUCUGAAGAUAAAAAGUUAUCUUCUCAAUCUUUAUCCAAAGAAACAAAUUUGCCUCCUGAUGUGAAACAGCCAGAUUCCAGUAGAGAAAAUUCUGAAAUUAUUUCUAUGAGUGGACAGAAUAAUUUAUCUAGUAGCUUUAUUUCUAAAGAAGAAGAUUCUGAGAAAUUUAUAGAACUGGAUACAGAAAUAUCAGAAACUUCAAGUUCUUUCUUUGAGGCUGUCUCUAAAGAUGAUGACUCUGAAAAGAUAUGUGAUUUUGCAAUUAAAAAUUGCGGAGAAUCAGAAAGCACAGCGAAAUUCUCGGGGAAACUUGAUGAAUCGAUUGCAUUAUUAUCAGAUACUUCGAAAAAAGAUUCACAGUUAUUUACAAGCACAGAAGCAGAGAUGGAAUCUUUGGAGGAAGCAGCUUUUGAUAUUCUUCCCGAACCCGUUCCUUUGGUUGUCGAUAAGAAAGCAUUGAGCCUUUCAAUUGCUGAUAUAGUUGAGGCAUCAGAACUAAAUAUAGCAUGUGAUCAAAUUACAGAACCUUUAAUCUUAGAACAAUUUGCAGAUGUAAAAUCUUUAAGUCAUCAAGUAGCUAUGAUUGAAGAUUUCAAUGCAUUCGAAAGUGAUAUUGCUGUCCCUAAAAUACAUAAAGAAACUGCAGAUGUGUCACUUGGAGUUGAAAAGACUGAAGAAUCUGAUUAUUGGCUAGAAGUUGAAGCUGAAACUGAGUACUCUAUUUCUGAAUUUGAAGAUGAGGCCGUAUCCUUGUCUGAUAACGCAAAACUAGAACAACAGCCUUCUGAAACAGUGGAUGGAUCUGGAAUUUCUGAAGAUAAAGUCCAUGCAUUUGAAACUGCGACUCAAGUAUCAACUGAAGAUAUGACAGGAAUAUCAGUCUCUUUUUAUACAGAAUCGGAAUAUUCGGAUCAAGUAAGUGAUACGUUUGCAGAUAUUUCUCUUCAAGGUGGCACAACUGAGAAUUCUGAUAGGUGGUCUGAUAUUGAAGCCGAAGAUACAAUCAACGAAGCUCUUGCUGAAAAUAUAUCUAUCAUAGAUGCUAAAGAACUCAUUGUAGGAGUUGAUUUGGAUUUAAAGGAAAAACAAGAAAGUAUUUUGCAAAGUGAAGAUAUUGAUAAUGUUGAAAAGGAAUCUUCAUUAACCGCAGAAAAUUUAGAUAUUAAGUCUGAUACUUCGAAGGAAUUAGAAAGUACAUCUGAGUUAGUAGAAGGGAAACAAGAGUUGGUAGAUUCUUCUCUGAUGAAAGUCGAAACUAAAGAUGAUAGUAAAAUAUAUAAACAACUUUCUAGUAGUUCAGAAAAGUUAAUGGAUAUGGUUUCUGGAGUGUCUGAUGAUGAUUUCACUAGUGUUACUCCAAUAGAUCCUACUGUAGGAGAAUCUGAUAAAUGGUCAGAUAUAUCUGAUGAUACCUCUGUUGAAGAAAUGCUAGAUAGCAGUAAAUCUUUAUCAUUACAAAAGGACAUUGCAAGUCAGCCUAACAGUAAACCUGAAACAGCUGCCACUGUUGAUUCUGUUAAAAAUAUUAAUGUUGAUCAUUCAGAGAUAACUGCUGAUUCUUUGUCCAAGAAUCAACAAUUAGAAAAACCUGAUUCUCAUUUGGAUUUGCCUGUUGAAACUGAAGUUCUUGAAGAUUCUCAUAUGGAAACUAAUGAUGGUGUAAAGGAUUCUGAUUUCAGAGACGAUCAGGCAUUAUUAGAUGAUAUUUGUGAUAAUCAUACACUUCAACAAGAGAAAGAAAUUGGCUCUACAAUACCUUCAGAUACAGAAGAUACGAACAGAAAUCAAUCAGAGAACAUUAUUGAUACUAAAAUUCAAGAUGAUGAAUAUAAUUCUAGAAAUUUUCCAUCACCUAUUUAUGAAGAUGAAGAGCCAUUAGAGGGUGAGGAAUAUUUUGAUGAGUAUGAUCCAAAUUUUGAUGAAAAUGAAAUGGAACACGCUGAGGAAAAUUAUCACAGUGGAAGUCUCCCAUAUAUACUAAAUGAUGAUGAAUUAGUUUAUCCUUUGCAAUAUGGGGAUGAUUGGAUUGAGGAGAGCUUUGAUUUAAAAGAAUAUGGCAUUGAAACUGUUUUUUCAGGUUCGGAGGCUGAUGUUCAUGGACUAAAUAUUAAUGAAGAAUUUGAUGAAGAUAUACAACGAGCAAUUGAUUUUAAUAUAAAUAAUUUUGAAGAAGCUGUUGAGAGUUUUAUGGACGAUCAGAAUUUAACAACUGAAAGUUUUAAAACGCUUUCUGACCAUACUCCAACCCAAUCAAAAUUAACUGACAAAGAGCAUGAUAGUUGGUCAACAGCUGAUGCAGAUUCUAUUGUAGAUGAUCUCUCAGAUCAUGAUGACGUUUUAGCUAAGAUAGAUGAAAUAUUAGCAGAAGAUUUCGGUUAUGGUAAAAUUGAUUAUUUUGAUGAUAAAAAAGGCAAUGACGAUGUUGAAGAAAUAAUAGAAGAAGUGGAGGGAGAUAUCUAUGGUCAAAAUUCACCAGAAGAUUCUUCACAUAAAGAAGAGACUGACAAUCUUCUAGUCGACGAUUUUGUUUAUCAAGAAACAAUUACUACUGAGACUCAGGGUAUUCCUGAAGUUUUGCACAAACAUUUGUCUGAUGUGUCCGUUACGAAUGAAAACAGCAAACUUACUGAGAAGUGUGGUGAAGACUCAUCUUCUCUUCUUAAAAAAGUUGUUUCCUCCUCUAAUGAAAUAACACAGUCUGGAACAGAUGAAAUAAAAGAAAUUUCUAAAAUACAACAACCCACAGAAGAAACAUUUGAAACCGAGGAAGACAUUUUGAAAAGAAAACUGUCAUUAACUGCAUCAAAAAAGACAGAAAAAUUAGAACAUUCAGAAGAAAUUAAUUUAUCCAUUAAUGAAACAGCAGAGUUGAAAUUGGCUCCUGAGGAAUUUAAAACAUCUUCAUCAGAAAUCAAACCAGAAUCUUUAUUGGAGAAAACUCCUGUUUUACUAAAAGAACCAUUAAAAUCACCUGAAAAAACCGAUGCUUCAGUUGAUGAGGCAGUAAAAAUGAAACUUUCUUCAGGAGAAACAUCAUCAUCAUCAUCAGAAGUAAUGAAACCGAAAUCAUCUUCAGAAGAAACAGUGUUGCUGAAAGCUACUUCAGAUAAAAUUGAUACAUCAUCAGAAGGAAUAAUAUUACAAUCACCAACUGAGAAAGCUGUUUUGUCAUUUGAAGACACUGUGAAAUCACAGUCACUAGAUAAAACUGAAUUACUUACAAAAGAGACCAUUAAACGAAAGCAGUCUUCUGAAGAAAUCGAUGUUCUUACAGAAAAAGGAGCGAAAAAAUCUUUGGAGAAAAUGUCUGGUUCACAAGAAAAAGUGACAGAAAAAUCUUUAGAGGAAAAGUCUAUAUCAUCAGAAAAAGUGAUGAAUGAACUAUCAGAGAAAAAGGCUGCGUCAAAAGAAAAAUUAUUGGAUAAAUCGUUAGAGAAAACCACUUUAUCACCAGAAAAAACGGAGAAAAAAUCUUCAGAAAAAAAGUCUUCAUCACCAGAAAAAGUGGUGGAAAAAUCUUCAGAGAAAAAACCUUUAUCACCAGAAAAAGUGAUGGAAGAAUCGUUUGGCAAAAAGUCUACACCCCAAGAAAAAAUAGUGGAAAAAUCUUCAGAAAAAGUAAUAGAAACAUUUUCAAAAAAAUCAUCUGUUUUGCCAGAAAAAAUAAUUAAAGAAUCUUCUGAGAAAAAAUCUACAUUGCCAGAAAAAGAAGAGGAGAAAUCUUUAAAAAAAUCUUUGCCACCUGAUGAAUUAGAAAAAUCAAAAAUUUCCUUUGUUUCUGCACCAUCAGAGGAAAAAGUGAAAACAAAAUCUUCAUCAGAAAAGUUUGCUGUCUCAACAAAAUCUACGGAUAAUGCAGUAUCUUCUGAGAAAAGCAGUGUAUCAUCAAAAGGAAAACAGGCAAUAGAGAAAACUGAUGGACAAUUUGAGGAGGCAGUAAAAUUGAAAGCAUCCUCAAAAGGAACUUCAAUAUCAGAAGAAGAAAAAAUUAAAUUAAAGAAAACUGAUGUUUCUUCAGAAAAAAUAAUGAAAUUGGAAACAUCUUCUGAAACAAUUGCUGAAUCUCUGGAAGGAGAAACACCAAUACUGCCUAAAAAGACAUCAUCCUUGCUUUCAGAAGAAACUGUGAAAUCAAAAUCAUCAGUAGGAGGAGAUGAUUUGAGAACAGAGAAGAGUAUUAAAUUGAAAGAGUCUUCAAAGGAUGUAGAUGCUUCAUCAGAACUGACAGUAAAAAAAUCUAUGAAGAAAAAGUCUGUAUCUUCAAGUGAAACAGUGGAAUUGAAAUCAUUGGAGAAAAUUUCUACCUCUUUGGAAGAAGCUAAGAAAAUAGAAAUUCAGCCUGGUGUAAUUCCAUCAUCACUAGAUGAAGCAAAAGAAUUGAAAGCAUUAUCUGAAACAAUUGAUACGUCAUUAGGAAAAGGAGAAAAAUCAAAUUCAUCUUUACAGAAAACAGUUGUUUCUUCUGAUGAAAUUGAAAAAUCAAAAGUGUCUCUUGAAAAGACAGAUGUAUCAUCAAAAGGCACAGCAACACAAAAAUCUUCAACUGAGGCAGCAAGUUUGUCUUCAGACAAAAUAGUAAAGUUGAAGGCAUCAUUAUCGUCAUCUGAGAAAUCAUUCGCAUCAGUAUCAGAGGAAAUGAUGGUGAAAUUGCCAGCUGAACAAUCGGUUGUACCUUCAAAAGAAAUAGAAAAUUCAGCAAGUGACAAAACAGUGAAAUUGAAAACACCAUUAGAGAAAACUGUUUCUGUUGAAGAAACUGUAGAAUCAAAAGCAUCUUUUAAAAGAAAUAUCAUACCAGAAACAGAUGUGAAGCCAAUAUCAUCUUUUAAAGAAACUUAUGUUGUGCCUACUGAAGUAAAACCAGACAUUCCAUUGAAAAAGAAGCAUGCAUCUGAUAUGAGAAGACAGAGUGGAGAAUCCGACAAGAGUCCUAUGUUAGUAUCAGAAGGAGAUUCAGAUACUUCUCUAUCCAUUUCAGAUAUACCUUCUGAAAGUGACUCUAAACCUAACAUUCCUGAUAAAACUAGGCGAAGAUCUCGACCUAAAACAGACACUGUGUCUGAAGAUGAGGGAGCACGAAGGCGUCGUCGGCCUAAGCUAGAAGCUGCCUCAGAAGAUGAAGUACCACGCAGGCGUAGACCUAAGCCAGAAAUUGUGCCUGAAGAUGAAGGAUCACGUAGAUGUAGACCUAAGUCUGAGACUGUGUCUGAAGAUGAAGGAUCACAUCCUAAAGCACCACCUUUGCCUCGUAAAAGGCCAAAAAGAGAUUCAUCCACAGAAUCAUUAUCCUCAUCUGUUUUCUUAUCUUCAUCUUCUGAAUCAUUGUCUUCUUUUGAAACUGCUUCUUUGAAAGAGUCCUCUAAAUCAGAUUCAUUACCAUCAAAAACAAGUUCAUCUGUUUCUGAAGAGGCCCCAGAAAUACCUGCUCGCAAAGCGAAAGUGAAAUCAUCAGCCAUAAGACAGAGAAAGGGAGAAAAUUCUGAAGACAGUUCAUCAGCUUCAGUAAUCAGCAAAUCUUCUGUGAAAUCAUGUGACUUACCUCCUAAGGAAGCCAUGGAUCUAUGCAGAAAACGAACAUCAAUCGAUGAACGUAUGAUUAAACUCCAAAAUGAAGGGAAGUGUAGUACUAAAGAGAAAGCAUUUAUUGCUGCAAAACUAAUUGAAAUGCAAUUUGAAGAGGAAGAUGCUUUGCUGGCCUCGAGGCAGUGCAGUAGUGUUUAUCAUGCUGUAAAGUUCCUAACGCAGUUAUGUGAACUGUGUAACUGCAGAUUUCCAAUUAAUCUGAUGGCAUCAAUGGUCUAUUGUACACAUCGAGCUUGCAAAGAAUGUUUUAAAGCCCACUUCACAUCACUGAUAUAUGACCGAAGUGUUUUUACUUUUCUCUGUCCUAUAUGUAACAAACCUGAUAUAACUGACCAAAAUAUACAGGAAUACUUUAAUCAUCUGGAUAUGUUGUUUCGAAACAUAUUGGAUAGCCAUGUUUAUGAUUUAUUCCAAAGAAAACUCCGAGAUGAAGUUUUAACAAAGGAUCCUAAUUUCCAUUGGUGUUCUCAAUGUUCAUCUGGUUUUAUUGCAAGUCCUCGUCUUAGGAAAUUGUAUUGUCCUGAUUGCUCAGCAAUAACUUGUGCUUCUUGUCACCAAACUUGGGAAUUGGAGCAUGAAGGGGUUCAUUGUGAGCGUUUCCAGCAGUGGAAAGACAUGCAUACACCGGAACCUCCACCUGCAGGAUUAGUCAAAUACCUUGCUGAUAGAGGAGUCACUUGUCCGUCAUGUGAAUUAGUAUAUCCACAAGCUUGUGGGGGUUGCUUGAUGUACAAGUGCUCUCAUUGCAGUUUUGAAUUUUGUGGCUUUUGCUCAAGGCCAUAUAAAAGAGGAAAAGACUGUGGGAAUAAGAAAUGUGAGUCUCGAGGAAUGCAUUCUCACCAUCCUUACAGCUGUCUUUUCUUUUUGAGAGAUAUUGAGAUGUCCGAUCUUCAAAUGUUACUUGAAGAGGAAUAUGUAACUUACUUGACCAUUCCACCCAAAGAUCAAAUAGUGAAAAGUCGCUGCCAAGUACGUGAACAGAAACAUAUCCAUGGAUCCCUUUCUGAAGACAGAUGUGGGAGGGAUAUUGUGCCUUAUUGUGCUGGUUUAUGCAGGACACACUACUAUGAGUACUUGGCUGAACUUUUCCGAGAAAACAAAACUAAUCCUUUACCUAUUAUGACCACACGUGAUCUCCAGUUCAUUCUUCGUAAGUCUAGAGUUUUAGUACCUGACAGAGUCAAGGGUGAAACAAAUGAUGAUUAUUAUAAGAGACUCACUGAGGCUGUUUCCAGUACUCUGACAUGAUGCAGAGAGGGUCUUUUAUCUUAAAAAUGUAUAUAUUGCAUCUUAGCAUAUGCACUUAGCUUUGCUAAUGUCAGCAAUGAUAUGUAAAUGGCAGUUUAUUUUAUAUAUUAUCCUAGCUGCGGGAAUUUUCUAUGACUAAUUUAUCUAAUGCUAUGCUAAGUGAAGAACUUUAGAAUUAUCUAUUAUUAUCUGUUAUACCAACGGAAAGGAUACAACUUAUGCCUAACUGAUCAUGAUAAUGAAUGGAAAUGCUUCUAAUAAUACUAGUUAUAUAGAUAUCGAUUCAGGUAUUAUUUGAAAUAAUUUUUUUGUUCUCAAAGACAUUGUAAAUUGAUGUAGCAUAUGUUCAUAGUAUAUAAAGAAAAAUAUUUUUGCAAAGAAAAUUCCAUAAAAAUAUGUAUAUAAUUAUUUUUAUGUAUUUGUAGUAAUCAUGAUUUAACAACCUAACAGUAUGCAAUCUAGUCUCAGAGGGUAGGAUACUUUUUAUGUUUUAUAUUUAUUGAUUGUACUCUUUUUUUUCUCCAAAUUUCCUGGGUCUGUUUUGUGAAUUAGUGGAAUAUUUUCUUUUUGUGUAAAACAUAGUUUUAAAUAAAAUUUGUGGGAAGAUGAAA